AUGUGCCGACUGGUAGACGUUGAAGACAUCAAGAUUGUCGAAGGCGGUAACGCACAGCCUGCUGCCGUGGUCAAUGACACCUUGUCUUCUUUCUUGGUACAACAAGUCCAGCAAGCUGUCCAACUGCAGAUCGCUCCGUUGCAGCAACAAGUGGAAACUUUGAUCGACAGCGACGCCGCCAUGACGCGACAAAUCACUGAUUUGCAGCAACAAGUGGAAACUUUGAUCGACAGCGACGCCGCCAUGACGCCAAGGCUCAACAACUUACAACACUGCGGCAUGAUGUCAGAUCAUUGUAUGGUCGUCUGGACGAAUCGGCUCGACUAUACAGCGAACAGACUCAACGAACUACUUGAAAACAAAGACCCACUGAAAAAGCAAGGAUGA